AUGCGGUGCGGAGUGAUUAUUCUCUUCGCCUUCGUGGCAAUCUCCGCCACACUUGCCCGGCCGAUGCAGGACAUCGGCGAGCUACAGCACGAUGAAACGACCGAGUCGAUCAAAGAUUUCCAUGUUCUCACUCCUUCGCCAUUUCUACAUGAAGGCGUUACAAAGAGGGGACACACUAGCAGCGGUACUUUCGAAACAGGGAUCCAAUCCCUCUCCCCUGGUGUAGCAGGCCUAUUGCCAGAAGAGAAGGGUCCUACCUCUGCCAAAAACCCCCUACGGCGUCUUGUGAAACGGGGCAAAGGACGUAAAACGAAGGAGAAGAUGGUGGGGACAAGCAGCGGAGAAGAUUUGGGUGCAGAAAUCUACAGCGCUAUUUUUGCAGAUGCACGCGCAAAUCAAGAGCACAUACUUGCAUCUCCAGAGGCGCAAGAGAUCCAGAAGAAGAGGCUGUCCGAACAGAAAAAGAAGGAGAAAGAAGAGGCCAGACAAAUCCAGCAGCUGACGCAAGAGCUUUAUCAACAGUUUGCUCCUGAGCUUCAUGCUUGGGAACAGGCACAAUCCGAACUAUCUAGCUCACAUACAGAGGGCUUUGAAGGUCGCGCCCUCGGCACUUUACGAGCACCCCAACAAGAAUACGAGAUAGUGAACAAGGAACCAACCACGUCCAAGAACGAAUUGUUAGCGUUCUUCGACAAUUAUACACCGCAGACUAAGCUUGGAAACGUCUAUCUAGAAAAGGUCCGCAAUUUACUCGAGGUGGAUUCGCCCGAGAACGUAAAGAUCACCAUCAGAGACGUCAGAAUGGACCCAAGAAACAAGCAUCCAUCAAUUCAAGAAGCUUUGGACGAAUCCAAGAAGGAGAAGAAACCAAAAUUUCGGAAGAAGAAGCAAGGGACUUGGAAGAAGCAAGAAACCAUCGGCAGCGAAGUACUCGAGAAACUGGACCUACACAUUCUAGAUCGCGCCUCCGGCACAACAGACAACUCUCAACAAGAACUUGAGAGCAUGAACGAGAAGCCGUCCGGUUUGUCCAACGAGAAUUCGCAAGAGACACUGAAGAACUUUCAACCGCAGAAUGCUUUAGGGACUCGACUUAAGGACUGGUUGUGUGAAAACUUCGGGAAGUAUACGCCCGACCAGGCACAAUUUGCCCUUACAAAAAUCAAAAAAGAAGUUGCAGACGAAGCUACAGAUGUCCACGCAGCUUUGGAUGAAUAUGUCAACCUUUUGAAAUCGCAAAAGUCACGGCAGUUCAAGCUCCGGUCCGAAGGUACACCUUCCCGCUCCGUCUGCCCAUUUAAGGAGAAUGCAUUUGAGGAGCAUGCCUUCGGGGAGCACGCAUUUGGGGGGUACGGCUUCGGCCAGGAUGCCACGCAAUGCGUUCCCCGACAACACCGGACUUCAAAAGCGCUCGAAGGAGCCAGCGGGGGACGAUUUCCCCGAUUUGAAGGAGGCGAGAAUUAUCGAUCGUUUAUUCCAGCACGCGGAUACCUGCGAGAAUUCAGAGGUGCCUUGAUGAACCAGCCGAGCGAGUCGCCCCUCGAGGCGUCCACUUCGAUCACUUCGCGCAUCACAAAGGCUAGUCUGCCCCAACCAGCUUCUCAGCAGAACGAGCGACCGGACGAGCGGCCAUUUGAGGCUCAGGCGAGGUCGAGACGAGGCUCGAGGUUUGGAAAGCGAACGACUGUCCCUGCACGCGAAAGUUGCAGUAGCACCGACGAGCAGCAACAUCUGCAACACGGGAAUCUUCCUCGCCCAUCCAGCAGCCGUCAAGAGCUUGUCGAGGGUAUCAGAAGGAUGAGUCUUACGGGCGCACAGGAGAGUGACACGCCUCCGGAGCAACGAGAACUGUCAAUCGAACAAAAAACUGCAGAGAGGCGCUGCGAAUAUCAAAUGAGGGAAUGUUUCCUGAGAAUCGCUUACGACAUCUCAGACAUGCCAGGAAGGCGGACGCUAUCGGCAGAGGAUGCGGCCCAAAAUCUUCAGGUGGACCUCGGUAUUCGUGCAGAAGACAACGAUGCAUCGCUGCCACACGAUGAGGAACUUCUGGUCCAGAAAUUCAGAAAUGAUCGACGUAACACUUCAAAUCUAGUGAGGAAAGCUACGAUUGACCGCGUCAUCACGCACAUCUAUGAGAGGAACGGUGUCUUUAAGCCCAACGAUUGGCACGAGCUAGAAGAUCCGGCAUCCUCUUCCUCUUCGCGGAGGACGAGCUCGCACAUGGCCAGCUUGCCCAUCCAGAAAGAACAUGAAUGGCCAAAAGUAUACCAGAAAAUGGCGGAGAACGAAGAAGCAAAAGAGCGCAGGCAACGGGAAGAAGAGCAAAAGCAGCACGAGGAUGCGGACAACGACAGCGUGGACCGUCGCAACCAGCCCCAGGCUCUCAGCGUGAUGAGUGGGGCCUUAACCAAAAGUGGUGUCAAAAACGACGCGCAAGCUUUGAAGAAUGGUACGGAGAACCUUGUUCUGGAGAGGUCGGAAAAGCAGAAACACUCGAAGAAGACCUCGCGCAAACCUCGCAAGUCGCAAUGUAGCAGCACUUCUCUCAAACCCUUGACAAAGUCCGACAGAGGGGCAUGA